UGUUUGUUGGGUGAUAUGAGAGAUGUAUGGCCGCCAGUGUCAGCUGUUGCCGAGGAAAACACUAAGUGACUGCUGCCUCCCACACGCCGCCAACUAUGGCAAACAUCGCCAUACAGAGAAUCAAGAGGGAGUUUAAAGAGGUUAUCAAAAGCGAUGAAGCUCAAAAAUGUGCUAUCAAUGUAGAGCUGGUUGGUGAUGACUAUCGAGAACUGAGAGGAGAGAUAGCUGGCCCUCCUGACACACCAUACGAGGGAGCGACCUUUCACCUUGAAAUAAAAGUACCAGAAACAUACCCUUUUAAUCCUCCUAAGGUAAAAUUUGUCACAAAAAUCUGGCACCCCAACAUUUCUUCAGUAACUGGUGCUAUUUGCUUGGACAUCCUGAAAGACCAGUGCCUUUGUUUCACUACCUUAUGUAAGGAAGAAAAUUUAAACUGUUUUACUGAUGAUAAUUUUGUCAUUGGCAUUAUAUAUGCUUCUGUGUUUAAAGUAUAUAAGUGGUACAUUUUGAUUUGCAAUAUUUGCUUUUAUCAAGUGUUUGAAAUGGCAUUUUAUAUUUCUCUUUCAGUGCCCAAAGGCAACAGCGAGUUUUCUAACAAAGUGCGAUGUCUGAUGGACAUGGGGGUAGGAGAACAUCAGGCUCUCGUUGCUCUGUCAUCUUGCAACUGGGAUAUGGACCGAGCAAUUGAACAGCUAUUCUCAUAGAUGCAUGUAUUAGCCGUUAAUAGGUCAGGCUAGUGGGGAAGAAGAACCCUAGGAACCAGUCACAUGUAAAUCACAGGCAGAUUACAGGCCUGUAGCCUCCUCAGUAUGAUCCUUGUGAUACUGGCUCCGAGAGAUGUCUCCCAAAAGAGAGCGCCCUUUGUAGGAAGGCUAUGGGAACUUCAAAAUUUCUGUGGGAUCACAUCCACUUAGAGGAAUCAUGUUGUAGGACAAGAGUGGUUCCUUAGGGUGGAAUAUGACAGCUGAAUUUGAAAAAUCAAGAACAUAAAGGCUGUCUAUGGCUCAAGUCAAUGUUAAAAGAUUUCUACUUAAGUAAUGGGAGACUCCAGAGAAGAAAAAGCUUAAAACAGGUGCAGACACCCCCCAUCCCCGUGAAUGUCAGUCUAUUGAUUUCUCCUAAAAUAAGGUUGGGCUGCAUAACCUGCUCUGCUGACACCAGAGAUGCAUAGGGGUGGAUGGUAGUGACUGAUAAAGGGGAAAAUUAUCGAGUACAUAUCUAGUCUGUUAAUGAGGAGACAUGUCUCCUAGCCUAGAUAGAGGAUAUUUAAGUGGUGUCAAGGUCACCAACAUAAUAAAAAGUUUAAGACUUUAGUACAGUCCUCUUGGGAAAUGACUGCUAGAUUAAGCUCACUGAUCAAAGUAACCAUUUGGAACACAGCAUAUGUACUAAGUAGAAUGAUGACAAGACAUCUUCAAUCAGAGCUUGGAGUCUACCCUGUAAAUCAACAAAGGUAGUCCUGGUGUGCUGACACAUGAAUGUACACAGAGGAACUAACUGAACAAGAAAAUUAUUAAAGAUCCUGUUACUUGUGUUUAGAAGUUAUACAGAUAGUAUGCAAUUCAUAUAGUGAUUCUUGUAACUGGAACCCAGAAAAUAUACUAGUGUCGACAAUUUGCAGGAAUGCUGACUAAACAAUACUUACCUGUCUUACUUACCAUGGUUGUUGGGCCAUGUAAGCAUUAAUUUAUCUUUUGUUGUUUUUACUAAGCACCUUAAAUGUUUGUUAUAUUGUAUAUACAAGUACUGUACUUUUAAAGGGAAGGCAGCUUAAAUAUAAUGUCAUUCAAUUGAUUUCUUCUAUAUAGUAAAAUCUUGAGCUUAUACUUAUGAAGCUUGUAUCAGAUGUCCCAGCAGUGACUAAAGAAUGUAGAGGUCACGGCUUCUCUUGUAGUCCUCGUUAAAAAAAUAUGCUCAUCAUGGAACAUCAUACUGUAUUGUGUGAAACUUGUCAUCAUAAUCUGUCUUGCUACUCUCAGUAAAACUAUAUUUUUUUA